AUGUCUGAAACACAAGCGUCAUCACCUGCAGGAGCUGAUGCAAAACAAGAAGCAAAGAAACAAGUUGAAGACUAUGGCCCAUUCGGUCAGGUGUUGUACCACAUAGUGUCUUUCACUGAGGGCUACGAGCAGCAGGUGUUGUACUUGUGCAUGAGGCUCUUCGAGUCAACUAUGGGCUUCACCAAGCAGCAGCAGACAAUGCUGAUGACUGUGUCUAUCAUGUCGCGCUUGUGCUUCUCACUUGUUUGGGGGUUGCUGGCGGACGCGUUUGAGACUAACCUCGUGAUGGCUGCUGGGUUGUUAUUCAUGGGCAUCGCCUCAAUACUGCUAAGCUCAACGUCACGGUAUUCGUCGAUCCUCUUUUUGCGCUUCAUACACGGCGCUGCAUUCGGUUGCAUAUACCCAGUUCAACAAAAGAUUAUUUCAGAUAAAGAUGACGAUGAUGAGCGCAACAGCAGCAGUAGUACGUUCACCCGUCUUCAUGCGCUUAAUUGCAUUGGCCGUAUGCUGUGUGCCGCAAUAACCACGGAGGCUGCUCAGAACAUCUUGCUGGGAUUUAUCGGCUGGCGUGUCUCAUACAUUGUGUUGGGUUACGUGUGGAUUUCGGUUGGCAUCGCUAUAGUAUUUGCAAUGGAAACUGAUAAAGAACUGAUAUCUCCAUAUAAAUCCAUAAUGGGGUUCGUGGAGCAAAUAUCGGGGGCCUUUAAAGCGGUUUUCAAUUCUUGGUCUGCAUUUCUAUGUAUAUUCACCAUGUUGAUCGCAGAGGCCCCGAUGUGCACCCUGCCGUACAUGAUCACUUACCUGGAAUACUUGGGGGUGUCUGACUUGAAAGUUGGCAUUGCGAUUGUGGUCACGACGAUAGGCGGCGCAGCAGGGACUGCGGCCGGCGGUAUAGUUAUUGACAAAAUUACAGGUUUGCACCCGGAUUAUGGCGAGCUGAUUGCGGGCAUUGUUGUGAUGGGCGUGAGACUAAUUGUUUGUGUGUUGUUCUUCGUGUCGCCAGCGCCAGACGGGCGUUUGAUGUGGUACCACUACAUAGAGUUUGCGGUUCUCGGAGCGACAUUGGUCACGGUUGGCGGCGUGGAUAGGCCUAUCAUGAGAAAAGUCAUCGAGGACAAGUACCAGGCUAGUGCCUCGGCCAUCAUCCAGUGCAUAUCAGGUAUCUCUAUCAGCGUCAGUUUCGUCGAGAUCUUCGCGUACGUUUCAGAGAAGCUGCAUGGUUACGCCCCGUCAACACAAGCAAUUGAUGACAUGGACGCGGCUCUUAAAGAUAACAACACCGAGGCCCUGAGAAAGUCGACCAUGUACAUGAUCGUGAUAGGAUCCCUGCUAAAUAUCGCCUGCUAUGGUGCCUUGUUUGCCACAUAUAAACGGGAUAAGGAGGAAGUUAAAGUGAAAAAUGUGGUGGAAUGGGAGGACAGGAAGAAAAGGCAGGAAGCAAGGCAGUUUAGUAGUGCGACGUUGGGGGAAACUGAAGCGACAACAAUUCCAGAGGAUCUACCAAUCGAAGAUUAUUCAAGAAGUCGUACGGAUGAUGAAGAGGAACUGUCUCAAGAAGAGAUAAACGAAAUAAUUCGCACUGGUCGUACUUGGUAA